UGUCUGCUCUGCCAUUUAUUGGGUUUAAUAAUUGAUUAUGCCCUUUUGGUAUCACUCAAAUUCAAUGGUUCGAAUUAUGUUAAACCAUUGCUUUGCAGCUGCGUUGGUCGUACCAUUUACUUUUCCUUUUUAUCCGCAUUCUUCUGGUCAAACGUUAUGAGCUUUGAUUUAUAUCAAAAUUUACGAUCGUCAAAUAAGUUCCAACCGCAAUUUUCCUAUUAUGUGGUUUAUGCUUUUGGUUUACCAUUAUUUCUAACCUUGUUUACUUUGCAACUUGAUAAGGUGAAUCCAUUGGGAAUGCAUGACAAAUGGUUGCCGGGCAUCGCAACGAAAAUUUGUUUUUUUAAAAAAGGAAAAGAUGGAAAACUUGCACCAUUUUUGUACUUCCACAUGUUAAUUUGCAUUAUAUAUGCCGUAGAUCUUGUGCUAUUUAUUUUAACGGCAGUGAAAAUUCACAAGGCGCAACGAGACAUAUUGAAACUUACGUCACAAGUUGAAAGUGCACGGCAUCAAAGUAAUUUGAAUAAUGAACGAGAUAAUUGGAUACGAAGCCUGAUCAUGCCCGUAGCUAACAACACCUCUAGUGCGUAUUCCGAGUACUAAUUGACGUUUGUGACAAUAUGGCCGUCACGGUUUGGCAAAAUCAUAAUGAAU